AUGAAGGACGAAGACGACUUCCGCCUGUCCAAGGCCGCCGAGAACCAGUUGGCGCGCACGCUGCGCAAUGAGGAGAGCGGGCGCACGCGCCACACGGGCCGCGACGACCGCGCCACGACGGAGCAGGUGCUGGACCCGCGCACGCGCAUGAUCCUCUACAAGAUGCUCAACCACGGCAUCGUGACGGAGAUCAACGGCUGCCUGAGCACGGGCAAGGAGGCCAACGUAUACCACGCGCGGCUGCCCGACGGCCGCGAGGGCGCCAUCAAGGUGUACAAGACGUCCAUCCUGGUCUUCAAGGACCGCGAGAAGUACGUCUCGGGCGAGUUCCGCUUCCGCCACGGCUACUCCAAGAGCAACCCGCGCAAAAUGGUCAAGCUCUGGGCCGAGAAGGAGAUGCGCAACCUGCGGCGCCUGCGCGACGCGGGCAUCUACUGCCCCGCGCCCAUCCUGCUGCGCUCACACGUGCUGCUCAUGGACUUCAUCGGUCGCGACGGCUGGGCCGCCCCGCGCCUCAAAGACGCCAAGAUCAGCGACUCCAGGUACCGGGAGUGCUACCUCUACUGCGUCAAGAUGAUGCGCACCAUGUACCAGAAGUGCCGCCUCGUGCACGGCGACCUGAGCGAGUACAACAUCCUGUACUACAAGACCAAGCUCUACUUCAUCGACGUGUCGCAGUCCGUGGAGCACGAGCACCCGAGCGCCAACGAUUUCCUGCGCAAGGAUUGCCGCAACAUCGCAGACUACUUCCGCAAGACCGGCGCGCUUAACCCCAUGACCACGCAGGAGCUCUUCGAUUUCGUCACGGACUCGCGUAUUGCCGACGAGGAUGUAGACGACCACCUUGAAGCCAUUCAGCGCGUGAUCGCUGAGCGCCCCGUGGAGCGGACCAACGAGGAGCAGGUGGACGAGGCUGUUUUCAUGAGCACCUUCAUCCCGCGCUCGCUGGGCGAAGUGCUGCACUCGGAGCGCGAGCAGCUCGCGUACCAGGAAGGAACGAUGGAGAAGUCGUUGGUGACGGCUAUUUCCCGUCUCGAAGUUGAGCAGGGGAUGGUGCCUGCUCCAGCAAUGCAGGAAAAGCGUGAGGAACGUGAGAAGAUGAAGGCGCUGGAGAAGCAGAACAAGAAGGUCCGCAAGCAGGAGACGAAGGACGAGAAGAAGGCGAAGCGGGCGACAAAGAUUCCGAAGCACGUCAAGAAGCGCCACAAGAAGCUUGCGCACCAGAAGAAGAAAAAGUAA